AAUGUGAUUAGAUCGAUGUCAAGGCAAGAUGGCGUCUCUUUGGUUGAGAAUUACAACCACUUUGCUCCUUGUUUUUGUCGUUAAAAGCACCCCAGAACUUGUGGUGAAUGUACGAUCCAAAAGUGGUAGCAUCACGCAGCAGGAAUUCGAGUCGUUUCCAGACAGAGGACUCGUUGCGGUUUCUUACAAUCUCUAUGAUUAUCGGUUUGUCGACAUUCUUCUGGAUUUCAACAAGAAACUACAGAUAUUCAAGACUGUCAUACUUGGUGAAAUAGAUUUAGCUGAGAACCCAUAUAAAACAACAUGCUUUGCCAUACCAUUACUGGACGAUGAGUAUAUAUCRCCAGAUGUAAUGUCCAAGUUGAGACAGAAAAACCYCAACACAGUUCGCAUACCUGAGAUAGACCUAGGGACUCAAGAAAUAGUCUUGGACCAUUCAGUACAAAUAUCCAAAGCAAGAUACAUGAAUGAGAACGUCAGGAAAUURUGUGGGGACGUUGAUGUAGUACAUGUCAGCGGGGAAGACCUCUAUUCUCUGUUUGACAGUAAUUCCUCUAAAGCAGUUGACAAAGGAGAUGCUGUUCAAAAUCUAACAGCUACCCUGGGAACAAAGAAACGCUGUAACAUCAUCAGUGAAAGCAAUAAGCCAUGUAUCUGUAGAUURCCGCUAUGUCUUAGCUGGUAUCCAUGUGAUGUGAAGUAUUGCCAUAAGGAUAGUGUUGAUGGCAGCAAACGGGAAGAGUUUCGCUGUGGCAUCAAGUCUUGUGGCAAGUGUCGAGAUUUUGACUAUCUUGUUUCAGGGAAGAGCAACUGCUUUUGGGAUGACAGACUGAAGUCCUGACCAAACUAUUGAUUCUAUUAAAUGGAAACCCUAUAUACUAUAGGGUUUGAAUAGAGAAUAAAAGUAUAUAAUAUGUACAAAGUCAUUUUAUAGGAGGAUAAACUGUGGGCCACUGGUCCACAAAAUUUUCAAAAGAAAGAUCAAAUGUUUYGUAUGAAAUUUAAUAAUUUAUGAAUUGUAAAAAUGUAAAAAAGUAUUUUUUAUAAAUAAGAUCCAUUGAAGUGAAAAGAUUUAUCUUGAGAAAAUAAACAACAUAAACUUCAAA